CAGUGAAGUUAAGCGGUUGCGGAGGGGGCGUGCUAGGAGACAUCCUACAACACUGUACUGGUCUCUACCAGAAUUUAGCCUAAAUGAUUUGAAAUAAUACAUCAAACUCCGUCAGUUGAUCCAGCUGCAGCUUCUUCAUGUUCCAGGGUGUUGGCCAUUUUUGCACUUUCCGAUGAAUUGCACCAGGGUACUGCAUAUCUUGAACCCUCGACCAAUGCCAGGUCCCAUCAUGCCCGUUGAUGUUGCCAUGAGGAUCUGCCUGGCACAUUCUCCUCCCCUGCGGAGUUUCCUCAGCUCAUAUGAAGACUGCAGGGCAAGGAACCUGGCGAACAGGUACAAACCACUCAGACCAUGCAUAAUCUCCAAGCAAGAGGUGGAGGCGGCAAGCCUUGGAUGGAAGAGCCCCAAGGCCAAGGGGAAGAAGCGAGUGGUCUUCGCCGAUUCCAAAGGCAUGUCGCUCACGGCGAUCCACGUCUUCUCGGAAUUUGAGGAGGACCCGUUGUCGGAGCUGCAGUUCGAUCUCUCCGACCUUGAGGACGCCACUGUUGGCCUGAAAAUCAGCAAAGAGAAAAGCUGGAUCCUGGACUUCCCACAGCCCGCUGCAGACUACCUGGACUUCAGGAACCGCCUCAAGAGGAGCUCUGUGUGCCUGGAGAACUGCACACUCCAAGAGCGGUCGUUGGCCGGCACCGUGAAAGUCCGCAACAUCAGCUUUGAGAAGUCUGUCCACAUCCGGAUAACGUUUGAAUCGUGGAAAAGCUUCACGGAUGUUGCCUGCACCUUCAUGAACAAUGUGUACGGCUGCCCGGACACUGACACAUUCUCUUUUGUUAUUGACCUGCCAACUUCCGUUCCCGCCGAUGAGCAAGUAGAAUUCUGCAUUUGCUACAAAGCCCAGGACCAGACGUACUGGGACAACAAUGAUGAGAAGAACUACCGGUUGAUCCAUGCAGAGUGUGAUGGUGACCAAGGCCACCUUGUGGCCCAGAAGAAAGCACCAGAGUACAAGAAUCAGAUCAAACGGCCUGAGAUGGAGUUUGAUCAGUUUGGAAGCCCCAGAACGUCGAGUGGCUUCUUCCCUGAGUGGCAGAGCUGGGGCCACAUCGAAAACAGUGCCCCCUACUGGUGAUCACAUGAGACGUAUAGUCUACAGAGACUCAGGCUCUGACAUCUUUUGCUGUGCACGAAGUGAGGGGAGCAAAGAAAAAAAAAACAGCAACACUUUUCACCUUGGAAUCCUAUGCCCUGUAUGUAUUAUGCGAUUCCUUUUUUAAAAAAGAAAUUUAGCACCGUUGUUUUAAAUGGACCCAAGGAGCAUAGAGGCCAUUUAAAAUAUCCUGCACCUUACAUCGUUGAUGUUAGCAGCACUGAGCAUUUUGGACCCUUAAAAGGAAAUACCCGCAUCUGUUUUUUUGCUCAUCCAAAAAUCAAGAGGUUUAAAUGGAGUAUUUUUUAAAUUUAAUGUACACGUGAUGCUACUGAAGUCAACACAGUGCAUUCACAAGUGUUUGUACAUUUUAGUUGAAAUCUAACCCAGCUAAAUCCCAAAUACAUUUGGAUAGUAAAUAAGCUUAAUCAUUGUGGCAAUAUGUGAUAGCCUAAAUUGUGUAAAGUUAAAGGGUUCUGAUUCUACUGAAACACAAAACUAGAACAUACUGGUAUGGUUAUUUAGAAAGUACAAGGUGAUGUACAGAAAUGAAGAUUUCCUCAUUUUUUUCAUGAACUAAAGAAUUUUCAUGAGUUUGAGAUGUGGGAAAUCAUGUAAUGAUUUUAACAUAGAUGCCUUCCUUUGUAUUCGUAUCUGAUUUUCACUUUGCCCGUCACCAAAACAGUGGUGUUUCUGAAAACCUUUAAACAAUACCUAAGGCUUCCUGAAGACAUUAAGGCAAGCCCAUGCCAGGAAGCCCAUACUUCUUGUGGUCACUUUUGAAAAUUGUUUAUCAUUGGCAUGAUACAGUUUGUUUUCAUCUUUAAGAGGCAAAGUGAUUUAAAAAAAAAAAACAUGUAGAAAAGUGCCUUUUUUCUUUCAGUUCAAAAUCUGUGUCAAGCAAGUGUCUGUUGUAUGAUCCUUCUGAAUUCCCUGUGUUUGAUCACAGCAUUGAUUACCACCCGUUGAUGCAUUCAAAUCUCUUUACUGUCGCUAAGCCCUCUGAAUGUCACUGUCAGAAAUACAGUGGGGAUGUUUUUGCACUGAGUGAAAAAUGCCUUUUGAAUCUCAGAAUGUGAAAGUGGGAUUAUUGGUACAACAUGAAGUCCUUCAUAUUGAAGGUGUUUUACAUUCAUGGUACCUGUCGAUAUAAGACUUUCAGGAAGGAGCAGUAGGACAGACUAUGUUUUUUUGUGACGCCCCAAGGACCGUUGAUAAUUAGGUGUAAAUAACACCCCCCUGUUGCACAUAAACGUUCACCUGCAUCCGUGUUUUAAGGCUUCCAAUACGAACACCAUCAAUGCACUUUUCUCCGUCUUGUUCUCUACCUGUUUGCUGCUAUGUUUUUGUACCUGCUGGUUUCUCUGUAUUGCAGUUCUUGAGCCCGUGGUAUGUGAUUUCUCCCCUUUGUGAUUUCGAAGGGUGAUGGUGAAGGAGCUGGAAUGUUAUUCAUGAAAAGUAUGAGUAAGUAAGGGAAUGUGAGUAAGUAUUGAGUGGAUGGCAGUUUAAAGGGAAAUGUUUGAAAGAGGAGCAAUUGCCUUUCCUUGGUUGUUUUUCUGUCAUUUUAGUGGAAAAACAGGUCAGUGUUAAAGAGCAAUGCCUUGGAUUAGAAGGAUGCUUCGCAGAUGGUAAAUGUUUAGCGAGCUGUUUUUGUUUGCAGAUGUUCAGUUUGUGUAGGUGAAUUUUAAAGGCUGUGAUACAGAUGCUGUGUCUGAUCGCCUGAUAUUUUUCUACUGCUAAGCAAGGUUUCUGUGUGAAAGAAUGGAUGAUAUAAUGAUGUGUUCCUUUCAGAAAUAAAACUUUACGAUUACA